AUGGAACAUCAAUAUCCUGAUAAUACUUACAACAACGGGGCAUACGAUUAUUCUCAACAGCAACAAUAUCCAUCAAAUGAUGCUUCAAAUGUAGUUUCAUAUCCAGGAGCAGAGCAAGUUCCUCCUCCGAUAAUUAUGCCACAAGAGAAGCAGCCGGGAUCCUACACAGAACCUUAUUCCCAACAUCCUUCUCCCCCUCAACAACAACAAUUUCCUCAGUUAAAUAUGCCUACUUCUCCUCCGUAUGACAAUUCAUAUAGUCCACCGGCCGAGCCGUCUUACAAUAAUAAUUUUUAUAAUCCACCGGCUGAGCCGUCUUACAAUAAUAACUUUUAUAAUCCAUCGGAUGACAAUAAUAAAAUUUAUAAUCCACCGGUUGACAAUAAUAAAAUUUAUAAUCCACCGACCGAGCCGUCUUACAAUAAUAACUCGUCGGCUGACAAUAAUAAAAUUUAUAAUCCACCGGCCGAGCCUUCUUAUAACAUACCAUAUGAAUCGACUUAUAAUAAUAAUAACAACAAUACGUAUAACGUACCGUAUGAACCGAAUAAUUCGGUACCUGAGAUAUCAUAUAAUACGUAUAAUUUACCAAUCCAGCCAACUUAUAGUAACAAUUCAUACCCUGAGCAAUAUACUUCUGAACCAUACACUUCAUCGCCAAAUCCACCGCAAACAUAUAACAAUAAUUUUUAUUCUAAUGCUUCUCCAUAUAUAACGCAACCAUAUAUUAGUACUCAAAAUUAUAACAACAUGCAAACAUCGAGUGCCCCUCCCCCUCCCCCUCCCAAAGAAUCAUCACCAGCACCAUUUUCAGCACCAUCAUCGGUACCAUUAAAGCCAACAUAUGAUCAGUCACCAAAACCUCCAAAAAAUUACGAAACUCCAAAUCUACCUCGUCCACCAAAAAAUUCUUCUUCGCCACAUUCCGAAGCACCACUUCCGUCAUCAUACACACCUUCGUCUAUGAUUCCUUCAAAUCAAUCAAGGCCGGAAUCACCUAAUAAUCAUAGAGAAAAAAAGAAAAGUAACCGUCAACGUCGAGAUGAAAGUGGUUGUGCAGAUUGUUUCUCACUAUGUGGUUGUAUAAGGUGUACUUGUACUAUAAUCAUUUUUUUCUUUGCCGCAGUUUUUAUAAUCGGGGGUAUUUUUUCUCUUACUUAUUCAAAAAUUUUACCGGGAAAAUGUCAAGGGAUUUGUGAUCCUACAAAUGGAGGUGGUAUACCAAAUCCUGGUGGUAAAUUGCCAAAUGGUAACAAUCCAAUCGAUCAGGCUAAUAAUGAGUUUAAGAAUGGUACUCAAUCUUGUUCUAAUGUGUGCAGUGAAAGUGUUUUUAAUAUUCUAUUUUAUGUUGGUUUAGUGUCGAUUGGUUUUGGUGCUUUUCUGGCCAUAACUCAAAUAUUAUGUAUGUGUUGUAGAGUGGGUUCAAGUGGUGGAAAAGGUUCAGGUUGUUGUUAUUGCUUCUAA